UAGAUUUCAUAGUAUUUGAUUUAUUUAUUUUGUUUUCGGUAUUUAAUCCUAGGAGAAUUAACAUACACAAAAAUGAACGACGUGAAGAAAAAGUUCACAUUGAUUGGACUUGGCGUCGUCCUAUUAGCAGCCACGGUCAUUGGUGCAGGUUUUCUUAUCAAAAUGUAUUCGGGUCAUGCACACGAUGCAGAACAGGAUGAUUCCAUUGCAACGACAAGCAAGGCCGUGGACUCGCUUUGCCAACAUACGGAUUACAAGCAGUCAUGUCAUAAGAGUCUUGCCAAUGCAAGCGACACAGAUGACCCCAAAGAGCUUGUGAAGAUGGCUUUUGAUUCUGCAAUAAAGGAGGUUCAAAUAGCCAUGGAUAACUCAACAACCUUGAAAGAAUUGGCCAAGGACCCCAGAGCUUCUAAGGCAUUGGAUCAAUGCAAAGAGGUUCUCAAUACCUCUAUUGAUGAUCUUAAGAGAUCUUUACAAAAGCUAGAUAACUUUGAUGUUGCCAGGAUGGAGGAAUAUGUGAAUGAUCUUAAGAUAUGGCUUAGUGGUUCGUUAACUUAUCAAGAAACGUGUCGUGAAGGGUUCAAGAACACAACUGGUGAAGCGGGUGAGAAGAUGAAGAAGUUAUUGAGAUUAGGGUGGAAGCUCACAAGUAAUGGGCUCGCCAUGAUUAAUGGUAUUGGUGAGCUCCUUGGGGAGUUUCAGCUAACCGGGGUUAGUCGUAGGUUACUAGACAAGUUUCCAAAUGAUGAUGCAUGGUGGGCUAGAGGUGAGAGGCGGUUGCUUCUUGAUGUUGAUCCAAAGACAUUGAAGCCAAAUGCUGUUGUGGCUAAAGAUGGUUCGGGCAAGUUUAAGACCAUCAAGGAGGCCGUCCAAACAGUGCCCAAAAAGAAUGUGCAGCCAUUUGUUAUCCUAAUCAAGCAAGGUAUUUACAAGGAAUACGUGGAAAUCCCUCGACGUGUUAAUAAUAUCAUCUUCAUAGGAGAAGGUCCAACGAAAACAAGGAUCACCGGAAACAUAGGUUACAAUGAUGGAAUUACGACUUACAAGACUGCAACUGUUGCGGUGAAUGGAGACGGUUUCAUGGCUAAAGACAUAGGGUUUGAGAACACUGCAGGGCCACAAAAGCAUCAAGCAGUCGCCCUUCGUGUCUCUGGUGACAUGGCUAUCUUUCACAACUGUGCCAUGGACGGAUAUCAAGACACGCUUUAUGCCCACGCAUAUCGCCAGUUUUACCGCCAAUGCACCAUCACUGGAACCAUUGAUUUCGUUUUUGGUGACGCUGCAGCCAUCUUCCAAGACUGCAAGAUGAUAGUAAGAAAGCCCCUUGAUAACCAAGCAUGCAUGGUGACAGCCCAAGGGCGUAAGGAUCGCAACUCAAAAGGCGCCUUAAUCCUCGAGGGCUGCACCAUUACAGCUGAACCAGCCUACAUGGCCACCCAGCCAAUGCCAAAAUCCUACCUAGGCCGCCCGUGGAAAGAAUACUCUAGAACCAUAAUCAUGCAGUCAUUCAUCGACCGACACAUUGUCCCUGAUGGGUGGUCCCCGUGGCUUGGAACAUUCGGGCUGGACACGUGUUAUUAUGGUGAAUUUAACAAUAGAGGGCCAGGGGCUAAUACAGCCCAAAGGGUAAAAUGGAAGGGGAUCAAGAAGAUUAGCCUGCAAGAGGCUACUAGUUACACUCCAGGGAAAUUUCUAUUAGGAGAUUUAUGGGUCAAGGCAACUGGUGUCCCUUAUAAUCCUGGCAUGAUGAAUGUCUAACUUUGUAAUGAUUACAAGGUUUUCUUUCAUACAUG